AAAUUCUUCUAACUUCUUCCUCUGUAUCUUUAUCGUCACUAAAUUUUAAGACCAACGCCAAAAUCAAUGGCGCUCUUCUUCAGCAACUUCAACAACCCACGCCUCAUUUCCUCUUCUCUCUCCUCCUUCCCUUUUCUCUCUCCUCCUUCACAGCUCAAACCACCAAUUCCCAAACAACUCUCCGUACGUUCGGUUCCGAGUUCUCACGAAAACGAAAACAAAAGCGACGAGAAAGAGUCGAGUAAACCGAAGAAGAGGCUCUCGGAGCAGUCGUCGUGGGAGGCGAAGGACUCGGAGGGAGAAGAUUACCUUUACAGGCUGGGUAAGGAGGCGGACAACAUGAACAUCGCCGUUGGUGCUAGGGCUGGCGUCAUCGAUGACCUCUUCGCCGGCAAUUUCCUCGGCAGAGACUCGGAUAUUGUCUUUGAUUACCGGCAGAAAGUGACCAGGUCGUUUGAGUACCUUCAAGGGGAUUACUACAUUGCUCCCGUUUUCAUGGUAAGUGCAGUUUGCCACAUUGUGAAGAACUACAUUUCUCAUCUUCUCAAUACUAAAAUUCCUCUGAUUCUAGGCAUUUGGGGAGGAAAAGGACAAGGCAAAUCCUUUCAAACCGAACUUAUUUUCCAGGCCAUGGGAGUUGAACCAGUUAUUAUGUCUGCUGGAGAAUUGGAAUCAGAAAGAGCCGGAGAACCAGGAAAAUUGAUACGUGACCGGUACAGAACUGCUUCGCAAGUUGUUCAAAACAAAGGGAAGAUGAGUUGUUUAAUGAUCAAUGAUAUUGAUGCUGGCCUUGGAAGAUUUGGAAAUACUCAAAUGACAGUCAACAAUCAGAUUGUUGUUGGGACGCUGAUGAAUUUGUGUGAUAAUCCAACAAGAGUUAGUAUCGGUCAAGACUGGAGGGAAUCAGAUGUUACAAGCAGAAUCCCUAUCAUUGUCACAGGGAAUGAUUUUUCAACUAUUUAUGCUCCCUUGAUUCGUGACGGUCGAAUGGAAAAAUUUUACUGGCAGCCUACACACGAAGACAUCAUAAAUAUUGUCCACAGAACAUAUGAGAGAGAUGGCAUAUCAAGGGAUGAGGUGGAAAGCGUAGUGAACACAUUUCCAAAUCAAGCCUUGGAUUUUUAUGGAGCUCUUAGGUCCCGAACAUAUGACAGGUCAAUCUCUAAGUGGAUCGACGAUAUUGGAGGUGUUGAAAAUCUUGGAAAUAAACUUCUCAAUCGAAGAAAGGACGAAAAGCUUCCGGUAUAUGUGCCCCCAAAACAAACAAUGGAAGCUUUACUUGAAUCAGGCUAUUCCCUUCUCAGAGAACAAAAGCUGAUAAUGGAGACUAAACUUUCAAAGGAGUACAUGAAAAACAUUGAUGGCUAGCAAUUACCUGUGACACCACUGCAUUGACAUCUACUAUAAAUUGGUAUCACUAACUUCAUACAAGCUCAUGGCUUUGAUGUGACAUCCAACAAUGUUUUGCUUUACAAUUUGGUGGUUACGUAUCCCAUCAUCCCAAACGAUGUAUUUCGAGGAUGCAGUAUUUCUAGUCUGGGCCAACUGCAAAAAGUUGCAAGUCUGUCGACAGUUUCAUAGGGCCUGAAAACAUAAGAAGGAAAACAGUCAUGAUCAGGGUUUUAAAUACUGUUAUUUGCUUGUGUAUCGGCCUAUAUGGUCCAGUACAUGGCUAUAUCACCGAUACCGUUACGUUUCCCAAUAUCGUGAUUUAAGACCCUAGUCGUGAUAUAUGCCUUUCAAUUCUGUUAUUAUCAAUAGUAGACAUAUACUUGAUAAUUGUUGAAGUUGACAGUAUCAGUUCCAAACUUCCAACUCCUAUGAUAAAGAUUUGCCACCA